UAAAAAUAACAAUAAUUACAAAUAAAAAAUAAAAUUUAAAUUGUAGUUCCCUGGAAAGCUGAAAGUAUUUCCGAGUAUGAGUGACCUUAACGAGUGCGAACUGGACCGACACUUCAAGAGCCAACUGCGGGUGAUGGGCGAUGUGUACGUGAAUAUAAGUCGCGAGGACCUCGAGGUGAGCCAGCGCUGGUUGGAGCUCUUCCAGCAGGCGAAGCGCCAGGACAAGUACGCCCGCAACUGCCUGAUGCUGCUCAUGUAUGACCAGUUGAAAGAGUUGGGCCACCUGGAGACGCCCUUCCUAGACUUGGAAAACUUGCGCCUGCCACUGGAUGACGUCCUCAGCCAAUACGAGGGCAGGAAGGAGGAAGAUCAAGUCUCGGUCGCAAGAGAGGUCGCCGAGACUGACACCAAUGGUUCGGAGUGUGAUGCUGGUAGCAGCCGUUGUGGCUCCCAGGAAUGCACCUCCAACGUAGAUUUUCUGGAUGGAUUGUGCCCCGACUUUGAGUCCAUCAAACAGGCCAAUGCGGCUCUCCUCAACGAGAUUUCGUUGCUGCACUCCAAGGCGCUGGAGACGGAGAAGCUCUACAGAUGCCAGCACCAGCAGCUGGACAAAAAGCUGGCCGAGAAACCCAAGGUUACACAGCUGAACACCUGGCAGGAAAAGGUCUGGCAAUCGACAGUGCAAUCCAUAGGACGCCUCAACGAAUGGGCUAGUUCCGACUGUCCCUUCGACUUUGUGUCCUCCAUUUUGGGACCGUUCCUCAAGAAUGAACCGGAACUAAGCUCACAGCUGUACAAACUGGACCGGCAUUUCAAUGCAACGCUGAAAAAAUUGGUGUUCCAAGAGUGCGAUCGGCGGGAGGGCAAUGUACGCAUGCUGUACGAGCAGCUCAUCAUGGCUCAGAAGGAGUCCCAAAAAUUCAAGGACCACCAGAUGCAUAAAGCGCAGGAAGCUUUGAAGUUAGAGUUUAAAAAGCUACGUGUUCUCUCCGAGGAAUUGCAGAGACGGGAGGAGCUUACCCAAAGACAUCAAUCAGCUUCAGGGGAUCUAGACCUUUGCCAAUAUUGUCAGGUGGGAGCAAAGUCCCGAAGCAGGUCUUUACAUCCCCCCGACAGGCAAGGAUGCACCAGGGUAGGACCCUGCGAGAUCUGCGAGGAGAAAUCCAGCCCAACCAGGUUCAAAGAUGUGAUACGCAACAGUCGCAGGAAGUCUAUUUUCAACGAGGAUCUGGAAAAGUUCGCCGAAGGUCUAAGCGAUCUGUCCGAUGGAAAGGCCUAGUCCUGGUGCACCGUCUCCAAACACAGCACUUAUAAUACUCUUUAUAUAUAUAUUUUUACCGAUUUUUAGUUCGAAUCAAUACAUCGUUAAGUUGGUUUAAAAGUUCUGCCUGUUUCUCCUUCAUCCGACGGCUUCUUCCCUGUCAACUGCAAAACUUUUAAUGUAGUUUUAAUUUUCUCGUAAUCACGGA